AUGUCGGAGCAAUCCAAACUCAGCACUCCUCCUGACCCAUCUGAAAACCCAGGCGGAGCGACGAGUUCGAAUAUGCGGGAGAAGCGCAAGAAUUGGGAAUCAGAUCUACUCGAUGGGUUGGACCCGGCUUCCAUCUUUGGAGCGUCCUCCCAGGAAGAUGCUACCCCUCCUGCGCCUAAGAGCGCCAAGAGACAAGAGUCGUUCAGGGUACGGCCACGAGCACGUCCAUUGCUGACCCCAGCCGGCGUCAGAACUGAUGCCCGUUGGUACCUCGACCCAAACCCGUCCGCGCCGCAAGACCAGGAAGACCUCUUAGGCCUCGACUCAUCCUUGAACACUUGUACAAUACGUCAGCCAGUCUUCAUUAUGUAG